AUGCGAGAUCUUCUUGAUCUCUGUGAUCAAAGUCAGUUCUGUGUUUCAGAGCAGGGAAAGCUGCAGACGGUUUGCUCCAGUAGGCGUCGCAGCUGUGCUCUGGUUAACACUCCAACACCAUGUGUGAACAAAGCAGUUUGUCACAUCCAGGAACUGCAGACCAAACUGGAAAAUUGGGGCCAGAAGGGUGAUAAUGCUCAGCAUGAAACUGCACAUGAAAACAACCACAGCAUCAUUUGGAAAUGUGUUUCUACUGAAAGCAAAAAUGCCAUAGGAAGCACAAAGCUGCAUAUUGAAGGCAUGGGGCUUUGUGUACAAGAUAGUGAGGUGUUGACUUCCCUCUGGAUGGAGGCCGCAGAUGUCCUGAUGGAGGUGAUGAGUUUGAUCGAGCGUCUUGAGUUGGAUCGGAGAGAUGCAGAGAAGGCUCUACAGGAAGAAAAGGAGAAAGCAAAGAAACUUUUGGAGAAACUGGAAAGUCUCUGUGUCUGGAAGCAGAAUGAGUUUCCCGUUGUAAUGCAGAAAGAGCGUGAAGCCUGCAGCACAGACAUCGCUGAGCUGACGUGGCAACUGAAGAUGAGGAGAGAUCAGCUGCCGCAGGUGAGAGACAGGCUGACCAACACAGAGGUGCUGAACCGACGUCUGAAGGAGGAAAUCGAUUUCAUGAGGAAACACGGCCCGCUCGUGAACGAGAGACUCCAGCUGGAGACUGAAAUCAUGAAGCAUAUCCGAACAGCACAAAGUGAGGCCAUUGAGACUUUUUCAAACAUCUCCCACAAGCUAAAGAGUCUUCAGCAGGACCUUAAAAAGGAGGAAUUCAAAGCAGACAUUGAGAAUGAAGAAAUGAACAAAGAAAUUGAAACGAUCCGAAAUCAACUAAGUGACAAACUGAGUGAUUUACGCCAGCUGCGGUCACAGUGUGAGGUGUUUCACAGAAAAAUUAAAGAGUCAGUAGAAAAACUAACAUUGAGAGACGGCCAGAUCGAAGCCUUGGUGAAAGAGACGCACCAGUUCGAGAGGAAGGAAACAGGCGUAAAUGAUGAAGUCAGAACAUUAAAAGCAGAAAUCGAUGAAAAAGAAGAGAUAUUGAUGAUAAAGAAUAAGGAAGUAAUGCAGCUUCAAAACCAAAUACAAACAUCCAAACUUGAAGGUGAUGAAAAGGUGUCUGAAUUGAAUGCAAUCUCAAGCCAAAAGCAACAUGACUUAUCAACCCUUCGAGACAAAAACAAAGAGCAAACCUUGGAAAUGGAAGACUACAAGAGAAAGACCUGCCAAAGCAAACAGGCAGUGAAACAGUUACUGAUGGAUCACGAGCUCAUCCUGCUUAAGAUCAGUGUGAGUGAGAAGCAGUGGAAACCACUCAAAGACGAACUUGACAGUGUGUCCGCCGAACAUUCAGACACCAAAGCCAAGCUGGACCAGCUGGAGCGCCAAACAUUUCUGGAGGAGUUGAGGAACAGGAAACAGGUAGACAAAAUGAAGACCCUGGUAAUGACUGAAAUGACCACAAUAGAUAUUCUCCAGCGAAAUAUGGACACAGAGGCAGCUGAAUAUAAUCGUGAACAAACAGACUGUGAGAGGGUGAAAGAGGAACUGCAGAAAAAGUAUGAAGGUGCUUUAUCUACAAACUCUCAGCUAGAGACAGAGGUGGAGCAACUGAGACAGACAUAUAUAGAGAAAUCUGAGACAAUUGAAAAGUUAAAAGCAAAACUCAAUGACCUACAAACUGCACACAGAAGCCUCUCUGAUGAUUUUGAAGAAAAAAAGAAACACCAGCAGGAAUGUUUGGAUUCUGUGAAGGAAAAACUUAGUGUGGUCUUAUUGAGGUACGAGGAGAUUUCAAAUCGGAUCAAGGAGCUCGACCUGAAGUCUAAGGAGUUAAAUGAAGAAUUAGACAUGAUGGAGCAAACCAUCAGCACUAUGCCAGACGUUAUAGAGGAGCUACAGUGUUUGUCAAACACUUUGGCAUUCAAACAUGGGACAGCCACAGUAGUGAUGGGUAACGUGAAAAGGGAUACAGCGUCCUGUGAACAGAGGAAGUCUCAACACGCACAGAUUCAUUCAGCGCUGUUCACUCAACGCCAGGCUGUCAUGAAGGACACAGAGGUUCAUCUACAGAAAUUGCUACAAGACAAUCUGAAGUUAGCGCAAGAGUACCGAGAACUGCAGAGAGCUCUAACGAUAGCCAGACAAGAAGCCGUUUGUGUUUUUGAAAGAAGAAACAGAGCAGAGGCCUACGUCCAAGAUCACAAGCAGCUUUCUUUGUUGCAGAAGAGGAUGCACAAAGCCAUACUAAAAUACUUCAAACACCGCAGCGUCUACAGCCAGGCAGAGCUGGCCCGCUUCCAGACCCUCUCCAACCAGAACAACCAGAAAAUGAAAGCCCUCCAGGAGGAGUUGUCAAACUCAAUCCGGCGCCUCUCUGAGUUCCUGCUCUCGCUGACAGAUGACUCAACUACCAGCCAUGUCCCGCAGCCAGCAAACAGACCCAUCGCAGAUGCCGACGGAUCGAGCAGGAAGAUGCCUACAGUUCAGAUAGCGGAGUAAUUGGACCCUCACCUGCGCCAGACAACUUACUUAAACCCCCAGCAUGCUUCACUCUCUCUCGUCCGACGCUCACGGCCCAAUCCAUAACAAUGAAGCAGGUGACUUUCAUGCUACUGUCAGGAAUGAUCUAAUUUUAGCGGGGUGAAUGAUUGCAAUUGGCUUUGCCUCAUCAGAUAAUUAAUCUAUGUCACCAUUAAUUGGAAAAGAGAAUAAUUAGGGGGCUGUGUUGACAGAAAUUCUACGCUUCUCUAGAUUCUUGGAUCUAAUUACACCUACUUAAACCCCUCUGACCUUAACUAGCGGAUAGUAUACCUGCGUAACCCUAACCAGGCUCGGGUUGGUCUCGACCGCCUCUCGCACUGCGUCCUUUGUCGUUUUUUUCCCCUCCUUUUUGGCUUGUUUAUCCUCUCUUUUCCUGUCUCCUCAGAGAGCUGUCUCCCUCAAUCACUUUUCAAUAUUCAAUCUUAAUUUUGUGGAAGUUUAGCAUUUUCAAUGAGCUGGAGAUGAAUGAUUAAUGAAUAAAUUUGAAUGCUUCAUUUUGUCCAUGGAUCAUUAGUCAAGUCCUUUGUGGGAAGGACCUGCGAAAAAAAAAAAGAGGGAAAAUUAUUGAGACAUUAGCCUGAAGCAAUCCAGGGGUAAAUAGUAUGCACAGAGGGAUGUUGUGUGAACGCUACCCACUGGCAUUCUGCACAACCCCACGGAAACGCAAGCCUUCUAAUUUACCCCGCUUCACAAGACUGAUGUGCUCUAUCGACAAAUAGGUUUCAUUUACAAAAAUGAGUUUUCAUUUUGAUGUUUUGGUGUAUGCGGCUUUUUACUUUUUUUUUUAGUUCUUUAUUAUUAUUUUUUUAUCCUUGUGUUAUGUGCCUCCUCUGGUGAGAUGUAAAAAAAAAAAAAACUAUUAAUGUAAUGUCAGUUACAACUGACCGAAAAUCUUAUAG